GCAGGAGCAUCCCACGGUUUGUCAGUGGGCAACUGCGCGAAAACAAGAGCCUUGUUUUCUUUUGCAUUCCAAACUUGCAAAACAAUGCAACAAUGAUUGAGAAUAUCGUUGCUGCAGUUUUCACUGUCUAUGGUAUUAAUUAUUCCGGAUAUUAUCUGACUAACUUGGCAUGUCACCUGAGCCGUGUACUCAGAGGUGCCAAAUCUGAGGCCCUUCUGGAGAGAGACCAUAAACAGAUUGCUUUAGCAGAUGUGGCAUGUCAGACUCAGGGAGAGCUGUUCCCAGCCCGGGAGCAGGAGGAGCAGCUGAGGCAGCGAGAGGAGGAGCAGCAGGAGAAUGGCCAGGUCAGACACCAGGCUGUGGCAUCAGGGGCUGCAGCAGCCACGCUGCUCCCCAGCCUGCAGCUGGAGAUCCUUUCAGAGGAAGCAAUGAGGGGCAGGCCAGAGGCUGCAACAUUCCAGCACAUCCCUAUAAGUUUUAGGGAUCUCAACUCACCAGCAGCUGUCAGAGGUGAAGCAUUACCAACAGGAAAAGAAUCUUUGCCAGCUCACUUUGAAGCUGAAGCAGCUGUUACACCUCCUGCUGCUGCUCCUGAUGUUCACUUUCAACCUGAAGCAGCUGUUACGCCUCCUGCUGCUCCUCCAGAUGCAUGCUGGGAACAGCCUAGACACCCAUUCUACACUUUAUUAGGAAUUGACAUACCCACUGCUGGUGGGACACUCUCCAGAACCUACUCUGUGCCUGGAACUGGCAGAAUCUCUGGUGUGUCACCCUAA